AUGUCGGGGCUCUCGCAGGAUGACUUCCGGCGCAUCAUGGACACGCCGCUACCGGUGCAUGGGAACGCGCCCCGCGUCCUAUCGGGGCUACCGCGACAGGUCAAGCGCAGCAUGACGGACGACGAGCGCAAGGCAAAGUACAAGAAGCUCAAGAACGAGCCGGCGGCGGACAAGCCCAAGCAGCCCAAGCUCGACCCGACGUACCAAGGCAAGUACCGCGACCGCGCCGCCGAGCGCCGGUCCGGCGGCGAUGCAGAGACUUUUGAUGUGACGCCGGCGCCGGCCAACCUCGUCGACCCUGAAAUCGCCAAGCUCGUGGCCAAGCCGGCGCUUCCAGCCAACUUGGAUCUCUCACUGCUCUCGAAGCUAAAGCAAGAGAAGGCCAAGCUGCAGCAGCAAAUGCAGGCGCUGACCAAACCGACGACGUCACUUUUGCCGCCGCCCGUGCCGACCAAGGCUGCGUCCCGCAUGGCGCAGGCCAUCAA